AUGUCAUUUCCAUCCAAAACAACCUUAUCUUUCACCUUCUCAGAUCGAACAAUCGAAACUCCAUCAAGCAAAUCCACCUUCCUCACCGAGAAAGUUACAGAUCUCAAUGGACUUGUUAUCAUUGGUAAUGCUAGCGUUGAUUGGAAAAUGAGCAUACACAAACUUCAUCUUGUAGCAGAACCCCUUGGUGACACCAGUGAUGAGAUUUUCAACGUGGCUGAGAGCGGUGCUGAUGGCGGCAGAGGUUUUCCGGGAACCAAACCAUGCGUCGAUCUUGAGCUUCUUCUUUCCAUUAUCAUCCGUGAUGAUAUCAAAAUCGAGGUUGAGAUGCUUGAAGUCACGAACGAGUUUACCGCGUGGGCCUUCGACCUCGAUCACCUUGGCGUUAACCUUGAUGCUAACGCUGUCAGGGAUGUUCAUGGUCUCGGAAGAUAG